UCAGUUAAAAAAGAAAAAUACAGUUUCCGCAGCUCUCUGUUAGUUCGAUUGUUGAUCUCCUUCAAAUGGCGUCGGAGAAGAAGCUGUCGAACCCCAUGAGGGACAUUAAGGUCCAAAAACUUGUUCUUAACAUCUCCGUUGGUGAGAGUGGUGAUCGUCUCACUCGUGCCUCCAAGGUUUUGGAACAGCUCAGUGGACAAACCCCUGUUUUCUCAAAGGCAAGGUACACUGUGAGGUCUUUUGGUAUCAGGCGUAACGAAAAGAUUGCGUGCUAUGUUACUGUUAGAGGUGACAAGGCAAUGCAGCUUCUUGAGAGUGGUUUGAAAGUUAAAGAGUAUGAGCUUCUCAGGAGGAACUUUAGUGACACUGGUUGCUUUGGAUUCGGUAUCCAAGAGCACAUCGAUCUUGGUAUCAAGUAUGAUCCUUCUACGGGUAUCUACGGAAUGGACUUCUAUGUAGUUCUUGAACGUCGAGGAUACCGUGUGGCUCGUCGCCGUAGGUGCAAGGCUCGUGUUGGUAUCCAACACAGAGUGACUAAGGAUGAUGCAAUGAAAUGGUUCCAAGUUAAGUAUGAAGGAGUUAUCCUCAACAAGUCUCAGAACAUCACUGGCUAAACUAAAACUUGAAUCUUCAUAGAUUUUUUGUUGAUUCUAGCUUUUGUUUUUUUUUAAGUUUUCAUCUUUACGAUUUCUGGAUGUUUUAAGAAUCGCUUGUUCUAGUAAAAAAAAAUAAAAAAUAUGAUACUUUUUGGUUUUAAGGGAAAGUACGAUUACUA